UUUACCACUUGUUCGACCAAUUUUUGCCACUUUAAACCAUUUUUUUGAUACUUUUUAACUGCUUUUCAUCAUUCAUCUACCCAUGUUUCCUUUCUAAACCCAUCUGUGCAGCUUUGUCCUGUUUUGACCCCAUUAAACUAUUCUUUUGCCACUUGUACCCAUUUUCCCUGUAUAUAACAUAUGUUGCCACUCUUUAACUGCUUUUCUUUUUUUUUUCCUACCAAUUUUUGCCCCUUUUGUCCUUUCUCAGCCAUAUUUGGUGCUUUGUUCCAUUUUUUUUUUGCUAGCUAUUACCUCGCUAUGCCAUUUAUUUAUCCCAUUUUUGCCACUUUUAACCAUUUUUUGUCAAUUUGUGCUCUUAUUUUGCAUUAAUAAUCUAUUUUUUCUUUAAAUUAUUUCUGUUCCUUCUGAUUUAUUCUCUGAUAUCCUGGGAUUUGUUCACAUCAUGGCUUAGCUAUAAAGUCUAACAUUACUUUCCUAAUGGUUUACUUCAGUGUGCCCAUCCACAUUGUUAACAUUACCAAUAAAAGAGAAAGGGUUCACAUUAAGGUGACACUACAGCAUUAAAAAACUGAAUUAAGUUUUGUUUUGAUUGGUAAUAAUUAUUCAAGUUAAAAAAUAUGGUUAUCACAGAUUAACUUUACAAUGAAGUAUAAUCUGGCUGACCUCCAUUUGCCCCCAGUUUGGCCCUGAAAAGCUCUCCCCUUUAUCCCCCCUCACUGGAUGUAACAAUUGUAUAAAUACUUUAAUCCAGGAUUACACCUCUGAUUUUUUCUGCUUUCUGUUCCAUGUAUGCUUAGUCUGAAAUGUUUACUAUGUGCUUUUUCAUUAAUGUAAUUGCCAGACUGUUCAUGAAUAAAGUUGUGGAAAAAAAAAACCUUGGAGGUAUUUCCUUAUGAAGUGGACGUACCUCCAUUAAAGUGGCAGUGAAGCACAAAGAAAACAAUGAAGAAGACAUUCGUGUAUGACAAGAUCAUGGACAAGAUACGGUAUGACGGCACCGUCUAACUUCCGGUAUGAAGUUGAAAUCCGCCGUCAGUUUCCGGUGAUACCUGACAGAACUACGGAGCUCACCGCUAUUUUAUAACUCACCGCCAACGUGGGCAGCUUGUUUCAGACCCCGAUCAUGUUUAUGGGACAACUUCUAGAGGGGAACGGGCAUUCCGGAGGAACGGCGAGGGGCGAGGGACAAUACUUCUGUCUUGUCAUUGUGAAUUUUGUUCCUGUGUGGGCUUACCUUACCUCAGUCGCCCCCAGACCCUGUGGAGGAAGCGGCCGGUGACAGAAGAAUGUGGAUAAAGAUCUCAGAUUUCCUGCUGUGUGUCCUUCAGGAGUGACUGGUAUAAAGAAAAACCUCUGAGCUUCAUGGAGGGACAUCAGUCUGCUGAGCAAAUGUGACAGAAGAAUGUGGAUAAAGAUCUCAGAUUUCCUGCUGUGUGUCCUUCAGGAGUGACUGGUAUAAAGAAAAACCUCUGAGCUUCAUGGAGGGACAUCAGUCUGCUGAGCAAAUACUUGGACCCACUCCCAGCUGUGCCUCUAUCAAGAGUGACCACUCAAAGGCGUGGUCUGCUAAAUUUAGAGAUGGACACCCUGCUGAUCAAAGUGGUUAUGAUUCUGUCUGUGGUGACAAUGAGAAUCCAGACUCUGUUGGACCUGAACCCAGCUGUCUGCCCAUCCAGAGUGACCGGUCGAUGGGCGAACCUGAUUUUAAAGAUGAAAAUCCCCAUGACAGUCAGAGACUUGGACACACUCCCAGCCAUGUUUCAUGUAAGAGUGACUCUUCAAAGGAGUGGUUUACUGACUUUAAAGAUGGACAACACCCUGCUGAUCAAAGAGCUCAGCACCAAAGAUCAGAGGUUCCAGUUGGUGGGUCUACCCUGCAGCAUCAAACACAGCUGGACUCCGUAAUUAUGCUGCUGAAAGAGAAAAUUGAGAGUUUUUUCAUGAGCGAGAUGGAGUGGAUCCACAGAGUUCUGAGCUUAGGUGGUCCGAGGAAGGAUGAGGAGGUGUUGAACAGUGAAGAGGAGGUGCGGAGGAGGAGCAGCAGAGAGGCAUUUCUGAAGAUCACUGAGAAUUUCUUAAGAAGCAUGAAGCAGGAGGAUCUGGCUGAUUUUCUGCAAGGAACUGUUGCUGCUGACUGCCCAAGUAAACUCAAAUCCAGCCUAAAGAAGAAGUUCCAGUCUGUGUUUGAAGGGAUUGAAAAAGCAGGAAACUCAACCCUUCUGAAUCAGAUCUACACAGAGCUCUACAUCACUGAGGGGGGACCUGGAGAGGUCAACGAUGAACACGAGGUCAGAAAGAUUGAAACAGCAUCCAGGAAACUACACAGACCAGAGACAACCAUCAGACAAGAAGACAUCUUUAAAGUUUUGCCUGGGAGAGAUGGACCAAUCAGAACAGUGAUGACGAAGGGCGUGGCUGGCAUUGGGAAAACAGUCUUAACUCAGAAGUUCGCUCUGGACUGGGCUGAAGGCAAAACCAACCAGGACAUCCAGUUCACUUUUCCGUUCACUUUCAGAGAGCUGAAUGUGCUGAGAGAGAAGAAGUUCAGCUUGGUGGAGCUCGUUCAUCACUUCUUCACUGAAAUCAGAGAAACAGGAAUCAGCCGGUUUGAAGAGUUCCAGGUCGUCUUCAUCUUUGACGGGCUGGAUGAGUGUCGACUUCCUCUGGAUUUCCUCAAAAAUGAGAUCCUGACUGAUGCCACAGAGUCCACCUCAGUGGAUGUGCUCCUGACGAACCUCAUCAAAGGAAACCUGCUUCCAUCUGCUCGCCUCUGGAUAACCACACGACCUGCAGCAGCCAAUCAGAUCCCUCCUAAAUGUGUUGACAGGGUGACUGAGGUCAGAGGGUUCACCGACCCACAGAAGGAGGAGUACUUCAGGAAGAGGUUCAAAAAGAAUCAGGCAAACAAGAUCAUCUCCCACAUCAAGACAUCCAGAAGCCUCCACAUCAUGUGCCACAUGCCGGUCUUCUGCUGGAUCACUGCUACAGUUCUGGAGGAUCUGCUGAAGACCAGAGAGGCAGAAGAGCUGCCCAAGACCCUGACUGAGAUGUACAUCCACUUCCUGGUGGUUCAAACCAAACGGAAAACCAUCAAGUAUGAUGGAGGUACUGACACAGAUACCCUUUGGAGUCCAGAAAGCAGGAAGACGAUUGAGUCUCUGGGGAAACUGGCUUUUGAGCAGCUCCAGGAAGGAAAUCUGAUCUUCUAUGAAUCAGACCUGAUGGGGUGUGACAUCGAUAUCAGCAAAGCCUCGAGGUACUCGGGAGUGUUCACACAAGUCUCUAUAGAGGAGAGAGGACUGUACCCGGAAAAAGUGUUCUGCUUCGUCCAUCUGAGUGUCCAGGAGUUCCUGGCUGCUUUUCAUGUCCACCUGACCCUCACCAACUCUGGAGUCAAUCUGAUGUCAGAAGGGCCAACAGCAUCCCUGAUCCCUGGAGACAACCCUGAACUGAAACACCUCCACCAGUGUGCUGUAGACCAGGCUUUGCAGAGUCCAAAUGGACACCUGGACUUGUUCCUUCGCUUCCUUUUCGGUCUUUCACUGACAACAAAUCAGAACUUUCUCCGAGGUCUGCUGACACAGACAGGAAGUGACUCACAGACCAGUCAGGAAACAGCCCAGUACAUCAAGACAAAGAUCAGUGAGAAUACAUCCGCAGAGAAAAGCAUCAAUCUGUUCCACUGUCUCAACGAACUGAAUGAUCGUUCUCUGGUUGAGGAGAUCCAACAGUCCAUGAGAUCAGGACGCCUCUCCACAGAUGAACUGUCUCCUGCUCAGUGGUCAGCUCUGGUCUUCAUCUUGCUGUCAUCAGAAAAUGAUCUGGAUGUGUUUGACCUGAAGAAGUACUCCGCUUCAGAGGAGGCUCUCCUGAGGCUGCUGCCAGUGGUCAAAGCAUCAAAGAAAGCUCUGUUGAGCGGUUGUAACCUAUCAGAGAGAAGCUGUGAAGCACUGUCCUCAGUUCUCAGCUCCCAGUCCUCAAGUCUAAAAGAGCUGGAUAUGAGUAACAACGACCUGGAGGAUUUGGGACUGAAGCGGCUCUGUGCUGGGCUAGGAAGUCCACACUGUAAGCUGGAAACUCUCAGUCUGUCAGGCUGUCUGAUCACAGAGCAGAGCUGUUCUUCUCUGGCCUCAGCUCUGAGCGCCAACCCCUCCCAUCUGAGAGAGCUUGACCUGAGCUACAACCAUCUCGGACACUCAGGCGAGAAGCUGCUGAAAGCUGGACUGGAGGAUCCGCUCUGGAGUCUGGACACGCUGAGGGUGGACCAUGGCGGAGAUGAGUGGUUAAAACCUGGCCUGCAGAAAUAUUUCUGUGAACUCACGCUGGAUCCAAACACGGCACACAGAAAGCUCAAACUGUCAGAAAACAACAGGAGAGUGACACGCGUGGAGGAGGAUCAGCCAUAUUCGGAUCAUCCGGACAGAUUUGAAUACGAGGAUCAGCUGCUGUGUAGAAAUGGGCUGAAGGGACGCUGUUACUGGGAGGUGGAGCGGAGAGGAGGGGUCCAUAUAUCAGUGGCCUACAGAGGAAUCAGAAGGAAAGGAAACAGUCCUGACUGUAUGUUUGGAUUAACCGAUCACUCCUGGACUCUUAGCUGUUCUAAAGUUGGUUUCUCUGUCCGUCACAAUAACACGCAAACGGCCCUGCCUCUCUUCUCGCCUUCUCUGUCUGGUCGGGUGGCGGUUUAUGUGGACUGGCCUGCUGGUAUUCUGUCCUUCUACAGAGUCUCCUCUGGCACACUAGUUCAUAUCUACACCUAUAACACCACAUUCACGGAACCUCUUUAUCCUGGGUUUACACUCUGGUCAGCUGGUACCUCAGUGUCUCUGUAGGACAGGGAUGUCCAAACUAUGGCCCAGGGACCAAAUGUGGCCCGCGGUCCAAUUUUGAUUGACCCAGAGCAAAUUCUAGAAAUAAAAUGUCAGAGAGUUAUUCUAGGUAGCAAUGCAGGUGAGCCAGAAAAAGGAACAUUAAGAUACAGGUAUAUAUCUAAAUGACUUAAAGCAUUUUGAAUAGAUCUGUUAAAUAUUUUUGCCAAGUAACACCUUUAUUUGCCUUUUGAAUAAUUCCAAAAAAGACACUGUUUGUAAAGAAACUGGUAGUUUGUUCCAAAGAGAUGUCCUCGUAUUAAAAUGUGUACCGAUCAAGGGAAGUCCAACAAAUGGAAAGGCAAAAGUCUUAAGAAUUGUCUAUAAAUUUCCAAAAAAUGUUGGAUAGAUCUCGACGCAAGUGUACAUAUUUAUUAGAGCUGUCGAGGGUACAAUUUUUAAUUGCGAUUAAUCUCACAACUUUCAUAGUUAACUCAUAAUUAAUCAAAAAUUGUGCACAUCAGAAAUUGUUAAAAGUUUGUAUUUUCUAUCAAGAAGAGCAGCUGAGUUGCAUAUUUUCCAAAGCUAAUCUCAAAAAUUACUUCUGAAUUUCAAAAUAAAAUUAAGUGGGAUGUGUGCCCUUUAUCGCCAAUUCUGUUUUUAACUUUUAUGAACAGAAUGUCUAGGCACAGCCAUGGCGUUGAGGGGGUCCAGUUUGGUGGCCUCAGGAUUGGGUCUCUGCUUUUUGCGGAUGAUCUGGUUCUGUUGGCUUCAUCAGGCCAUGACUUUAAGCUCUCACUGGAAUGGUUGGCAACCGAGAGUAAAGCGGCUGGGAUGAGAACCAGCACCUCCAAAUCUGAAGUCAUGGUCCUCAAUCAGAAAAGGGUGGAAUGCCCUCUCCAGGUUGAGAAUGAGAUCCUGCCCCAAGUGGAGGAGUUCGAGUAUCUCAGGGCCUCUUUCAGGAGUGAGGGAAGAAUGGAGCGGGAGAUUGACAGGCGGAUCGGUGCGCCGUCAGCAGUGAUGCGGUCUCUGCAUCGGUCUGUCGUGGUGAAGAAAGAGCUGAGUUCGAAAGGCGAGGCUCUUUCAAUCUACGUAUCUACCCUCACCUUUGUCAUGAGCUGUGGGUAGUGACUGAAAGAAAGAACGAGAUCGGAUGCCUUAUGAACACCUCCCUGGUGAGGUGGUACGGGCAGGUCCCACCCAGAGGCCCCAGGGAAGACCCAGGACAUGCUGGAGAGACUGUGUCUCCCAGCUGGCCUGGGAACGCCUUGGGAUCCCCUCGGGAAGAGCUAGACAAAGUUGCCGGGGAGGAUCAGCUGCUGUUUAGGCUGCUGCCCCCACGACCUGACCUCAGAUAAGCGGAAGAAGAUGGAUGGAUGGAUGGAUGGAUGGAAGGUGUGGUUGUCCACACAGUAUAACAGUAUCAGAAUAAUUAUAACAGAAAGAAACUUGAGUUGGCUUUCUCUGGCUUGUGGGCACAGGUCCAGAGCAGCCUAGGGAAGAGGGGCAACCCGGAGUUUGGCUGCGAUUCACUACAUUGUCAGUGUUUCCAUUUGAAACAAUGAUCUCAUAUAACUUAUAGUGAAGUAAUAAACCUUGUGAUAUCGGUUGUCUUCUAAAACUGAAAAUUGGCAUUGGCCAGAGAGGUAACAGAGCUUUAUUCUGUUGUUGUUUUUCUGUGUGAAAAGUGACAUUAAUGUAAUCAGAAACUGCCACUGAGAUUAACAGGGUUGUUGGAGGACUGAACUGGAGCUGAUAAUAGAAUAUUUUCUUGUAGGAAAGUCAAAAAAGCAAAUAACUGUUGAUAGAAUGGCAAUUUAUUAAUGCAAGAAUAAAAUUAAUCUUAUAAUCCACCAUAAAAGGAAACACAGGAAUUCAUAGACAUGACAACAUGAUCUAAGAAAAUAAUGUGCAAUUAUAUAAGGACACAGGGCAUGGACAUGACCUCAGGAUUAGGGAGAUACUCCUCUAUUAUUUUUUUAAUAAAAGCUUUAUUUUGUCCAGCUUCCUAAUGCCACUGACUUCCCAAGGAGUUGGAUUCACCCAUGUCAGUCUGGAAGAAGACUUUAAGGGGAAGCUCAAGGUUCACGUAGGCCUGUGCGAUAUAUCAUUUUUUUUUUUGAUUAAGUCAAAUUUUUUUGUUUAGGACGACGGAUUAAAAAAUAAAAAUCUACAUUACUGAAAUCCCUCCGCGCUUGCCUUCAUUCCUCUCUGCAGAUUGAUAUCAGGCUUUUAUAAGUGGCCUCUUUCACAUUAGUUGAGUAGUUAUACCUGAUCAACCUUCGACAGCCUGCAUACAACUUCAUUUACUUUGACACUGUCAUACCACACUGUUUCUUCUACAUGACCACUAAUCUACUGACAAGCUUCUCAUAUUUACGUCCAAUUAAGUGCUGGGAGAAAGCUCAGACAGGGAGGCAGCGGCCAUUACCUGAAGCUACAGUGGCCUCUAGUGGCGGGAGGUUAAUUACAGGUUAAAAGAGUAUUAUAGACCAGGAUCACUGGCCUGUGUUUAUUAAAAAUGAUAGUAGGGCUGUCAAAAGAUUACACAUUUUAAUUGCGAUUAAUCUCAGAAAUUCUGCAGUUAAUCUUGAUUUAUCACACCCUUUUUAGGGCAUUUUAAAAUUCCACUAUUUUGCAAUUGGAAUCGUAGUUGUUCAUAGUAAAUUUCAAUUAGCUGGCGGAACUCAAGGUAAAAAAUUGAAAAGUACUCCAAUUCCAGUGAAAGUCCUGAUUCUGUAGAGGUCAAUCUUUGUCAAAUCAAACUCUUCUAAAAUCCUGUAACCAUGAUGAUGAUAAGGAGAUAAAUAUUGUGAAUCUUACCUGGGUAUCUUGUAUCCUGAAAAGAGAUGAGCUAAAAAUGUCAGAUCUUCUUGAACUUAUACCUGCCUCUGUCACCUGAUGUUUACUCACACCUGAGUUGACUAUAAAAUCACUAAAAAGUCA